AUGUCGUAUCCCGAAUCACACUACCUGAGCCCCGUAUGGAGGGAUGGCCUGUUUAACGGCAAGGUCGCCUUCAUCACCGGCGGCAACGGCACCAUCUGCAGCAUGCAGGCCAGGGCCCUCGUCCGCCUGGGUGCCAAUGCGUGCAUCAUCGGCCGCAACGUGGAGAAGACGGACAAGGCGGCCAAGGACAUUGCGGCCGUCCGCCCGGGCGCCAAGGUCAUUGGCAUCGGCGCCUGCGAUGUUCGCAAUGCUGAGCAUCUGAAGAAUGCUGCCGACCGCUGCGCCAAGGAGCUGGGAGGCAUCGACUACGUCAUUGCCGGCGCUGCUGGCAACUUCAUCUCGCCCCUCGAGGGUCUGAGCCCCAACGCGUUCAAGUCGGUCAUGGACAUUGACGUGCUGGGCACCUUCAACACGAUCAAGGCGACGCUGCCGCACGUGCUCAAGAGCCCGACGCCGCGCAUCAUAUACGUGUCGGCCACGUUUCACUACACGGGCAUGGCGAUGCAGUCGCACGUGUCGGCGGCCAAGGCGGCGGUGGACUCGCUCAUGGCCUCGGUGGCGCUCGAGUACGGCCCGCGCGGCGUCAACAGCAACGUGAUUGCGCCCGGCGCCAUCCAGGGCACCGAGGGCAUGGACCGCCUCGGCGGCGAGGCGGGCAAGAAGGCUGAGAGCCCGCUGGCGCGCCAGAUUCCGUCGGGCAAGUAUGGCACGGUGCGCGACAUUGCCGACGCCACCGUGUACCUGUUUAGCGAGGCCGGCAACUACGUCAACGGCCACGCGCUGGUCGUGGACGGCGGCGGCUGGCGCCGCCAGUCGGCGUUUGCGCUUGGUGACUCGGGAUACAAGUACCCUGAUGUGUUCCUACCCGAAGAUACGGCCAAGCUUUGA